CAACAACAACACACAAGAUGAGCCGUGUUGCUGGUGUUGGUGCUGGUGGUGCUGGUCGGAAGAAGGAAGGGGAUGUGAAGCCACCAAAGGGCGAGAAGAGCUGGCUCUUCCCCAUUGAGAAGGUGGCCAAUUGCCCAAGUGUUGAGGAAGGUCUGCAGUUUGCAGACGUGGCCGCCUUCAAGUUCCGCGCCUACGACCUUGUCAAGCGGUUCCUGGACGAUCUGUCUGCACCAACGGCAUUGAAGGCAACCAGCAUGACCUUGCUGCACCGCUUCUACAUGUACCAGUCCAUGCAAACCUUCCAUUGGGUGUCGAUGACUCAAGCGUGCAUCUUUGCCGCGUGCAAGAUGGAAGAUCGCUUCAUGCGCGCAGAGACCUUGCUGCAACGAAUGGAGCGCGUCGUCCAGAUUGCGUUCGGCCUCCCCAAGAAGCGGCUUGACACACAAACCAAGGAGUAUUGGGAUAAGCGGGAAACGCUCAUCAUGUACGAGCGCAUCCUCCUUCAGACUGUCGGCUUUGACUUUCCCCGCACAAACGUGAACACGACGGUGUUGGAAAUCGUCAAGUACCUCAUUCGCAACGGCCUCCUCUCGAAAGAAAAGGGAAAGGACCUGUCCCACUGCACGUGGUUCUGGGCGACGUUCACAUAUGCGCACCCAGACCUGCACCUCACCUCCUCGCGGGAGAUUAUUGCGCUUGGGCUUGUUUACUCUGCCAUCCACACAAAGCGCAUUGCCGUGCCCCUCAAGGACGGAAAGCCCUUCUGGGAAACAUGUCUUCCACAUGUUGGCGCCACAGAGAAGGACCUGCUCUUCAUCAGCGGGCGGCUCUUCCGCUUCUUUGCAAAGCACAAUGAGCCUGAGAAGGACGUUAAACCAGGCGAUCCAGCAAAGUUCAACACAUCCCUGUCGUCGUCGUCAUCGUCGUCAUCGUCAAAGCCUGUUGUGCCAGGCAGUGCGUACUCGACGCAGCCCAACUCGCCUGCGGCGCCCGAGACGCCAUCGACCGCCAUCACGCCGCAGCCGUCGGCGGAGCACAGAGGAGGCUCCGCCACGCAACAACAACAACAACAACAACAACAACAACAACAACAGCAGCAGCAGCAGCAGCAGCAGCAGCAGCAGCAGCAGCAGCAACUUAAACAACAACAAGAGGCAGCUGCAUCACAGCAAGCGCCAUCAUCCAUAUCCACAGCUGUCACAGCGGCAACGUCAGCGACAUGCGUUGCCGUGAGUGGCGCCAGUGCACGCGUGACCACAACAACCGCAGUAACGACAACCGAGGUCACCAUGGCGCAGACGUCUGCACCUGCACCCCCACCGCCAUCACAGGCCAACAACAGCAGCAGCAGCAGCAGCAGCAGCAGCAGCAGUGGUGGUGGUGGUGGUGGUGCACGGCGUGCGAGCGAUCGUGAUCACGAGGAUGGCAAUCCAACGGCCAAGCGUCCACACCUCCAAGCAUCGCAAUAA